GGCCGCCUUCAGAUUAUUUCUCAUCGCAUCAGACACAUGCCCUUAGUUCCUGAGGCUCUCCCAGCAAAGUCGAUCGUUCUGCGAUAGAUAUUCAACAUCGUGAUGGCAGACCUUCACAACGAUAACAUCGUCGCUCUAGAUCGCGCAGCCAUCAAACAAGGCGGCCAAGUCCAGCCUUCGAAUCAGGAACUGCCGCAUCCUUCACCUCUUCCACACUCGGGUUACAGAGUCCGGCGCUCUUUUGACGAACAUAGACACGCCGCCGCUGCGAAGUUCCGCAAAGCCUUGCAUAUCAAUGAACCGUCCAACGUUCGUCCAGGAGUGGAAGCGCAUCCUAUUCUCGCCAAAGAAUCGACACCCGAACCAUGCAAAUCUCGGCUUGAUCAUGAGUCUUCAAAUUCUGAACAAUCUACCGUCGACCGUUUGCUGCACAAUCCCAUCGACACGAUCAAGGACAAGAUCUCCGCUCAAGGAAGUCAUCAAGCAGCAGCUAAUGUAGCAACAGUAGAAAUAUCUCAUGGUCAAGAAGUGGAGCUCGUCAAGGCUCAAGAUCGCGUCGAACAUGCCGAAACGAACGAUGAGAAGAUUACCGCUGUGCACGAACGCGACUGGCUCGUCAAAGAACGCCAGAACACUUACGUGAGGUGGACCAUGGACCGACACGUCACUCAAUGCCGUCCUCUACCUCGCGAUGCAUUCGUUAGAAAAAGCCGAUCGGCCUUCGAACACAAAACCAUCGACGAAGGUACUGUGAUUGACUGGAAGGCUUACGGGACUCAUCUUUUGCAAUACUACGCUCAACAAUAUGGUGGUCAAUACAUAGGUCACGGUUCGAGCCCGCCAGCCCCAACGAAGGAAUCCAUCAUGCCCAAUGUCGAGCGAAUCAUCAUUGCAUCUGCACCUUUUCAGAGUCUGAUCAUGGCAGCAAGGAAAGUGUACAGAUGGGAAGAUCCGAAGGCAACUUUGGGAUACCUCAUACUUUACGUUGCAUUACUUUAUUGGGAUCUCCUACUUUCAGGCAUGCUAUCGGCCAUCGUGUACAUGGUCAUGAGCCGUCAGCUUUUCGGAAAGACAAUCAAAGAAGUUCGCACAGAUCUGGAGCGGACCGAGGAUCAGGAUCAGACAGCCUACACCCUAACCGAAUACAUCGAGAAGCAAGGAGGCGGAUCGUGGGUUGAGAAGCUACAGGAAGAUCUAGGCCCGUGGCUCAUGAUUCAGCUUUGCGACGUGGCCGACCUCUUCGAAAUCCUGCGCAACUUCUAUGAAUGGAGAGUUCCUGGUCGAACUGUGGCCACGCUUUCCAUCUUCUUGUUGACCAUCCUAAUCACCACGUUCGUCCCUACUUACUACUUGAUAAAGUCGAGCGCACUUGGAGCAGGAAUGGUCUUCUUCGGCUUAUUCCCCCUCGCAAGCAACUUCCCUGACUAUCGACUGCUCGCUUCAAUCCCUAGGCGAGUGUUUUGGAAUAUUCCCACGCAUGCCGAAUGGGCAGUCAAGUCACUCCAAGCAGAAGGCUCUCGGUACCGCCAUGAUACUCAAACCGGCUUGGGCAACAGUGCAAAUACAGACUACGGUUUCUACCCAGCACACCUGAGCAAAGACAAAGGACGUCUGAUAAUCAGCGCCUCGUCCAUGCGCUUCGAAACCAACAUCGGCCAUCGCAUCACAUGGAGCAUCGAUUACACCAACAUCGCAAAGCUGGAGAAGCUCGAUCGGGUAAAGAGUAAAGUCAUACCAGGCGGCGGAUCAGGCAAGGAUUUGCGUAUCGCGAGUAGUCUUGCAGAUGAUGGAGGCGAGGCGGUCCUGAAGGAUAUGGAAGACAGGGAUCAAGCGUUCUCGCAAAUCGUAGGGUUUAGUGAGAUAACAUGGCAGAUAGUCUGGUAGCGUCGACCUGAGGCGAUGAUCAGAUUUGUAUACUACUUGCAACUACCUAAC